CCCUUGCUAGGCGCCAGACCCGGCUCAGCCGUCCGGCCGCUUGUCCUCUGCGGCUCUCCACCUCCAAGGUCCCAGCCUCCGGGCCGGGGCCGCCACCGCCGCCGCAGGACGGGGAGGCGGGCCAUGGCGUCCUGCGUGGGGAGCAGGACCCUGAGCAAAGAUGAUGUGAACUACAAGAUGCAUUUCCGGAUGAUCAAUGAGCAGCAAGUGGAGGACAUUACCAUCGACUUCUUCUACCGGCCGCACACCAUCACGCUGCUCAGCUUCACCAUCGUCAGCCUCAUGUACUUCGCCUUCACCAGGGAUGAUUCUGGUCCAGAAGACAACAUCUGGAAGGGCAUCCUCUCUGUUAUUUUCUUCUUUCUUAUCAUCAGUGUAUUAGCUUUUCCCAAUGGUCCAUUUACUAGGCCUCAUCCAGCCUUAUGGAGAAUGGUUUUUGGACUCAGUGUGCUCUACUUCCUGUUCCUGGUCUUCCUCCUCUUCCUGAAUUUCGAGCAGGUGAAAUCCAUAAUGUAUUGGCUAGAUCCAAAUCUUCGCUACGCCACCAGGGAAGCAGAUAUCAUGGAGUAUGCUGUGAACUGUCAUGUUAUCACCUGGGAGAGGAUUCUCAGCCACUUUGAUAUCUUUGCAUUUGGACAUUUCUGGGGCUGGGCCAUGAAGGCCUUGUUGAUCCGUAGUUACGGCCUCUGCUGGACAAUCAGUAUUACCUGGGAGCUAACUGAGCUUUUCUUCAUGCAUCUUCUGCCAAAUUUUGCUGAGUGCUGGUGGGAUCAAGUCAUUCUGGACAUCCUGUUAUGUAAUGGCGGCGGCAUCUGGCUGGGCAUGGUUGUUUGCCGGUUCUUAGAAAUGAGGACUUACCACUGGGCGAGCUUCAAGGACAUUCACACCACCACCGGGAAAAUCAAAAGAGCCGUGCUGCAGUUCACCCCUGCCAGCUGGACCUAUGUUCGCUGGUUUGACCCCAAAUCUUCAUUUCAGAGAGUGGCUGGGAUAUACCUUUUCAUGAUCAUCUGGCAGCUGACCGAGUUGAAUACCUUCUUCUUGAAACAUAUCUUUGUGUUCCAAGCAGGCCAUCCACUAAGUUGGUGCAGAAUUCUCUUUAUUGGUGGCAUCACGGCUCCCACAGUGAGACAGUACUACGCUUACCUCACGGACACGCAGUGCAAACGCGUGGGAACACAGUGCUGGGUGUUUGGGGUCAUUGGUUUCCUGGAAGCUAUUGUUUGCAUAAAAUUUGGGCAAGAUCUCUUCUCCAAGACCCAAAUACUCUAUGUUGUGCUUUGGCUUCUUUGUGUGGCCUUCACUACUUUCUUGUGUUUGUACGGCAUGGUGUGGUAUGCAGAACACUAUGGUCACCGAGAAAAGACCUAUUCAGAGUGUGAAGAUGGCACCUACAGCCCAGAUAUCUCCUGGCCUCAUGGGAAGGGCACAAAAGGUUCUGAAGACAGCCCACCCAAGCAUUCAGGCAACAACGAAAGCCAUUCUUCCAGAAGAAGGAACCGACAUUCCAAAUCUAAAGUCACCAACGGAGUUGGAAAGAAAUGAAAGACCCUGGUUAAUCAGAGAUGUUCCAGAGAGUGCCUAGAACUGAGAGGGAAACGGAACUCAUCUGGACCUCCCUGUUAGGAGGUCAAACCGCACAGAGCAAACAGGAAGAGGAGAGGGGACUUUUGGGGGGUCAUUGUUUGAGAGUGUAAGUCUUGUUUCCCACUGACCUGACCACACCAGGCAGAUCACAGCCUGGGGUCCUGUGCCAACUUGGGGUCUCUUCCAACUUCAGCACUAGGCAUGCGGUCACCGGUAGCAGUACAGUGUGUUCGAAGGGAAAGGUAGCUACUUACUCAUGGUUGCCAAGAGCAGUUUUGUGCUUGGGUAUAUUGUGGAUCAUUUUAAACGUCUUCAUUCAGACAGGGCAUCAACUGUGCUGUUAAUGGACUCACCACCAGUUUUUAUUUUUAUGAAUCUGCCUUUCCAUUUGAGUGAUUUAAGUUCAGGCCACGUUUUUUCUUUUCUUUUUUUUUUUUUUUUUGCUAUUUGUUUUUAAGUUAGGAUGCUUACAAGCCUUCUGAAGCCACUGCUGGAAUUGAUAUUCAGGGAAGGCCAUAUUCCCGUCUAGAUUAAAAAAAAAAAAAAAAAGUGGGGGGAGGUUUUGUGUUACUGUUUAACAUCCCAGCUCAGCCCCCUCUUAAAACCUUAAACUACGUGGAGGGUGUAAACAAGUCUGAGGAAAAGGUUAGUUACCUGCAUAGGAUCCUGGGCUUCAGAUCUGAACCAUCGUUGUUCCGUUCCGAAUGUCCUGUGUCCAAAACUGACCCCCAGUGCACAAAGUGAGCCUGUCAGGGGUGGCGGACGCCGCGGCUGCUCCCACAGCCAGGUGCCUUGCACAUUUGAUUUGUUUUUCCUUCCACGGUGUGUUGCUGAUGUUGUCUUUUAGUCACACGUGAGGUGCUGGUGAGUGUUAUGUUCCAUCUGUGCCAUGCUCUAGAAGAUUUACCCUAUAGUUCACCACCUUCGAGGGGUCCCUGUUUUAAAUAAAAAAAUUCACGAUAAAGCCCGUCAAAGGUCUGUGUCUGAGAAAUGCUCAUUUCUUUGUAUCUUACUGGUAUUUUCCAUUGUUUGUAAGCAAUCAUAGUAUUUUCCAAGUGGCUUUAGGAUGAUAUGAAUGUGUGUUUUAUAUAUGUUGUUGUGUGCCAUCGAGCUGACUCGAACUCAUAGUGACCCUGCAGGACAGAGUAGAACUGCCCUAUAGGGUUUCCAAGGCCAUAAUCUUUGCAGAAGCAGACUGCCACAUCUUUCUCCCACAGAAUGGCUAGUGAGUUUGAACCACUAACCAUUAAAGCAGCCAAGUGCUUUAACCAUUGUACCAGAAGAAAAAAGAAAACAUUAUGUGUUAGAGAGCUUACAGACAAAUAUGUCUAUGUCUUAACCUUUCCAAGUAACCACUAGAAAUAAACAACAAGGUCAUUGUUUUUUACUUUGGUAAUGGUUACAUCAACCAUGUUGGAUUUUUCCUUAACAAGUGGCUGGUACCCAGCUGAUUGACUUUGCGUAUACACUUGCUGAAAGCAAUCCAUUUGUUCCCUCAUUUCGCAGAGCACAGAGGUUUCAAUGUCUUUUCCCCCUUUAAGGAAAUCUUUAGCCCUAGAAGUGUCAUGUUUUCCUUUUUCUGCAAAAGAAUGCAGAGGUGAGGGGGUUAAAUGAAUCAUGCACAGCCGGGGUCACAUCCUGUGCUCCGGAGGGCGGCGACCACUUGGUUCAAGGGCACGCACAGACCUGCUCCAGCUGCCAAACACGGUACCCGCAGUCCCUCAGGUCACAUGACGAAUAAGGGGAUUGGCUGGGAGGGGCCACAACUCUGACCUUUCAUGUGCUCUGAAAACAGCGUCAUUCCCGUGGAAGUCUCGGAGAUAGGCAGAGAGGUACGUGUUUCACAAACACACCUGCACUUCUGUAACCCAGCAAAGAACCCUUUUUUAAACAUACCGUUUGCUGUCGAGUCAUCAUUGACUCAUGUGACCCCAUGUGUGUCAGUCAGAGGAGAACUGUGCUCCAUAGUGUUCCCAGUGGCUGAUUUCCCAGAAGCAGAUUGCUAGGCCUUUCUUCCAAGGUGCGUCUGGAUGGACUGGAACCUCCAGCUACUCGGUUAGCAGCUGAGCACGUUAACCAUUCGCACCACCCAAGGACUCGUUUAUAAACAUGUACAAUUUCAGUAUAAUUUUACUUCAAAAGCUGCCGUGUGGAGAAACGCAUAGAUAAGUUGGGAGUGGGUUGGUUGGUUUUGCAUUUUGCUUUUCUGAGCACCGAGCACUUGUAUACGCUGUGUUCUUGCCUGUGGCAUUUCACUGAGUGUUUCCAAGUUCCUUUUCUGGGAGAGUUGAGCCUGGCACUUUACCACUCCCCUGAUUAAUAGCCCAGUCUGACUGAUGAGGCAUGCUUCCUCUCUCCAGGGCCGCCAUCGGGGAGGCACCUGUUUAGCACAGGGUGAAUUUGACUGCACUGUGCGGGUUGGGGUUCUGGUGGAAUAUACUAAGAGCAAUGUGCUCAUGAGACAAUUUUUUUCUCCAUGGCUUUGUACGAACAGCCAGGAAAGUUCUCAGGUACUUUUCCAUGCUCUUUCUCUGAUAUAAACUUUUUUUUUUUUUUUUUUCUUUUGGUAAGAGCUUUUGACUCUUAACAGUUACAAAACCAGUGCUUCUCAUGACUGGCCCAAAACAGCUGCCGUUGCCACCUAGAAACCAUACUGCUGGGUUUAGCCUACUUUUUUCACCCAUUUCUAUGGAAAUGGACCUCACAUUAAUGAAAAUAGAAUAAGUGCUUCAGAGGCAUCAUGUAAUCUCAGAAAUGAUUUGAGUGCAAAUUAUCUCAUGUUCGUCAUUGGCAAACUGCCCUCUCAAAAGCUAUCACUGUUUGGAACAUAAUACACAAAGAAUGUUUCAUGUGUUUUCUCCUGGAGCAGCGUUGUAGUGAGUGUGUUAGACACUUUCUCCUCGUUGCCAUUCUUGGUCUUCCCGUGGCCUCUGCCUGCUUUUCUUGUGUCCCUUUUCACCAUCUGUAAAAGUCUUGGCCAAACUACUCCCGCAGCAAUGCCAGGACCUUUCAUUGACCCUUUAAGCAUUUUGAUGAUAGAAGACAUCCUAUAAAUGCCGGUCUUAUUUUCACUAGGACUGCUUCUGUAGUGAGCUUGUGAGUUACUCAAGAGAAAUAAAAUUCUUUACCAAAUACAUCAGGUUCAGCCUUACUGCUCUUCUCUCAGACGCUGCAGUGUAGCAUCUGUAAGUGAUAUCCCUUUGUGUCAAGGCUCACCCUUUGGAAUUGGACUCCUGGUUUGUUUGGUUUUGUUUAUAUAUUAUAGGAUACUUGUUCGGGCCCUCACAGGGCCCCUGCAAAUAACAGGUAAGGCUUGUCACAGAAGGGGAGGCUAAACACAAAGUAGGGAACAAAAAAUGUAACCAUUGGAAACCAGACUUAAGUGAGCACUUUCAACACAGGAACACAGGGGGACUUGACUCCUGUGCUCCCUGGAUUGUUGGCUGCAGAAUUCCUGGGCCCAUCACAGCGUUGACCAGGCAGGGUUUGUUUCUUCUUACUGUUACGACAGCUAAGAAUCCCACAGAUAGCCUAUUGCAGUCCUCAACGUAUUGCCCAUUAUGUGCUUGAAAUCAAGACGUAAGACAGUUAAGACUUCUCUUUAUCAGUGUUUCAUUACAUAACGCAUCUCUUUCCUUCAUAUGCAUGUGUGCACUGCAGGGUUAUAUUUGAGACUCAGUUCUUUGCAAGGGUUAGCGUUGGCAAUGACUGAGACCAGUUGGGCUGCACCAUCUUGUUGCCAACCUGUAAUAACUAGAUUUUUGCAACACUUCCCCUUACAUUCUAUUCCAAACCUCAGGCUGGGGCUAGCGCAGGUGAAGGUUGCAACAUUUUCUUAAUUGAACUUUGGUAUCAUCUUUGAUUCAAUAAAUAAAUACGGCUUUUUUUUUUUUUUUUACUUUGCUAUAUUCUGUGAAUUAAUUACUUAUUAAUGUCUACCAGAGAAGGGGAAAAAUAGUUGGAUGUGAAUUCUUGUUAGUCUGUGGGAAUGCUGAAUUAUAAAAAUCUUUCGUUUCAGAUGUCUACGAAAAAACUGCGUUUAACUCAUUUUUCAGAUAUGUAUCUGUGAGUUUGUCAUGACAUUUCUUUUCUUGCACCUUGUGGAUUUUGAAGCUGCCUACCCUAUGAGAAGACGUUUGUUGUCACACUCUAACGCUGUUCUAACACUGGUGGCGCCAACAGUUACGCACUCCACUGCUAACUGAAAGGUUGGUGGUUGGAACCCACCUAGCCGCUCCAUGGGAGAAAGACCUGGUGAUUGGUCUCGUAAAGCUUACAGCCACAAAAACCCUAUGGGGUGGUUCUGCUCUGUCACGUGUGAUCACUAUGAGUCAAAAUUGACUCGACGGCACCCAGCAACAACACUGUUCAAGGGUUUGCAACAGGUCCACGUACCUCCUAGGCCUCACAUGGCUAAACUUAGUUUAUUAUUGUUAGCUGCCAUCAAGACAGCUCCAACUCAUGGUGACUUUAUGUAUAACAGUGAAAUGUUGCCUGGUCCUUAGUGUAUACAUCGUGAUAAUCUGAUUGAAAACUGUUCUCUUUAUAUGCGGUGUACCUGGCCGGUUGGAGAGGUGGGUGACAGGCAAGCGUCCUGCCCACAGUCCUGGUAAAAGGGUCUCCAGGGGCCCUAGCAUUAUUGUGCUUUGGAGCAGAGAGAAUGGUGUUGACAAAUCCCUCCCGUCCUCAUAAGCCCAGUGAGGACAGGAGCAUCAUUCAGGAAAUGAUAUUUCGCUUUCACAGCAGAUGCAGCCAACCACCCAGGCUCCUUUGGGCUCGUGCUCAUUAGUUACCAUUUCCUUGUUAACUGGAAUGUGCUGAAGCAGGGUGCUGCUGAGGGCCUGCAAAUUCGUGGGCACUGAGAAUGCUCUGUACUGGCAGGAAGGUUUUCUCUGAGCAGUUGUUGCCCUGUGUGAGGCCAGUUUCCCCUUCGUGGAUGCUGACGAAGGCGGACAUGUGGCUUUCCAAACCACAGGAAAUGAGGUCUGUUGGCCUUUAUAAGAAAAAAGGAAAAGAAAAAAAUUGAGACUGAAGAACCAAAACAUUGCAUUUUCAUGUCUAAAGCAUACACAAUAGCCUUAAUUACAGUGUUGAACUCCAGGCAGGGUUUAUAUAACGAUGAUCCCUACUGGAAAUCUGGACUAUAAACCUUACUGUUCCACUUGCCUGAGAAAGAGCUGCUCUGGCUCAUUCUCGUCGAUCUGACUGCAUACAUCAUGGACUGAUUAGGUAUUUUACGGGUUUGACCUGGGAAGGACUUAAGAACAAUCUCCAUCUUUAAAAAUGUUUAGAAUUCUCCACCUUCUCUUGUUCUUAGGUGCCAUUGAGUGGAUUCUGGCUCAUAGCAACCCCACGUGACAGAGUAGAACUGUUCCAUACAGUUUCCUGGGCUGAAAUCUUUAUGUGAAAAGAUCACCAGGUCUCUUCCACGUAGCCACUGGCUGGGUUUGAACUGCCAGUGUUUCGGUUACCAACUGAGCGCUUAACCGUUGUGCCACCGGUGCUCUUUCCAUCUUAAGAGUGGAGAGAAUCCAGAGCAGAGGAGAUAAAAGUUCAACAUGACAACUGCUCAGAAGUCCCAGACAAACGCAUUUGAAUACUGGGGUCCUUUGAAAGACCCCUCUCAGAACUCCUCCCCCUCUCGUCCCUGAUGGCUCCUCCCUGACUCCUUAGCUGGCUUUGCUACUGAGCCAAGCACCCGGAGUGGCAUUUCCAAAUCCAAGGGAAAGGGCGUCACUGAGACCCUCCCCACUCUA